UUGAGGAAGUGACGUCACGAACCCCGGAAAGAGAGAGGGGGGAUGAAGCGUUUCGGAGAGCAAGAUGGCAGCGAAAUCCGAUGGCUUGGGGGUCGUUACCGGGUUCGCCCAGCUGCACAACCUGGACGAAGCGACCGGGACCGGCGACGAGGACGCGCUGGACAGCGCGGCCAUACACAUCUGCCACUGCUGCAACACGUCGUCGUGUUACUGGGGCUGCCGGAGCGCGUGCCUGCAGUCACUGCUCGGGAAGAGUGAUGCUGGAGGAAGCAGGCGGCUGCAGCAUCAGCACCAGCCGAUCGAGCGUCUGUGGCUGGACUGUCUGUGGAUCAUUCUGGCGCUGCUCGUCUUCUUCUGGGAUGUCGGAACGGACUUGUGGCUGGCCAUCGACUACUAUUCCAAGCGGGACUAUCUGUGGUUCGGACUGACUCUGUUCUUCGUGCUGGUGCCGUCGGUUCUGGUCCAGAUCUUGAGUUUCAGGUGGUUUGUUCAGGAUUACUCCGGCGGUGGGAUGGAUGCCGUGGAGGGUCUCAGCAGGAAAGCCUCGGCGAAUUUAAGUUCGCGCAUCUACAGCAGGGACAGAUGCUGCAUCAUAUCUAUUUGGGUAUGGCACGCUUGCGUGCACGUACUUCAGAUGGGGCAAGUGUGGAGGUAUAUCCGCACAAUGUAUCUGGGUAUCCAGAGCCGACGACAGAAGGAGCACAGACGUCGUUUUUACUGGGCAAUGAUGUAUGAAUACGCAGACGUCAACAUGCUCCGCCUGCUGGAGACGUUUUUGGAGAGCGCUCCCCAACUGGUGCUACAACUUUGCAUUAUGAUCCAGAAGAACCGGGCAGAGACGCUACAAUGCGUCUCCUCGGUCGCCUCGCUGCUAUCCUUGGCCUGGGUGCUCGCCUCGUACCACAAGCUCUUGCGAGACUCCCGAGACGACAAGAAGAGCAUGAGCUACAGAGGUGCUCUGAUCCACAUCUUCUGGAGGCUUUUCACCAUCUCCUCGCGGGUGCUCUCCUUCGCCCUCUUCGCUUCCAUAUUUCACAUCUACUUUGGCAUCUUCGUGGUCAUCCACUGGUGCGCCAUGGCCUUUUGGAUCGUCCACGGAGGCACAGAUUUCUGCAUGUCCAAAUGGGAAGAGGUGCUCUUUAACAUGGUGGUGGGCAUCGUCUACAUCUUCUGCUGGUUCAACGUGAAGGAGGGACGAACCAGGUACCGCAUGGCGAUUUACUACUUUGUGGUGCUCGUCGAAAACACGGUGCUUACUUGCCUGUGGUACGCGUAUAGAGACCCGGUCACCACUGACUCCUAUGCAGUGCCCGUGCUUUGUGGAGUGUAUCUAACUUUUGCCUCAGGGGUGGUGUUCAUGGGGCUCUACUACGGGGUUCUUCAUCCGAUGGGACCCAAAAUAAGGCUGCUAGCUAGUUCCUGCUGCGCCGAGCUUCUUUGGGGACUCCCUUUACCCCCGGAGGCCGAGCCCAUAGCGCCCACUCCCGCUCCUCGGAUGUCCCAACCCACUCCGACGCGGGCUUCCACGGGGGCCUUCGUCCAGUCGGACGACACGGCGGACACCUGUCUGCCCGUGUUUCAGGUCCGCUCGCCCGAGCCCACCACACCCUUGGGUCGGUACAGGCCAGAAGGGCCGCUCAUCAAGAUCGACAUGCCCAGGAAACGAUACCCGGCCUGGGAUGCCCAUUUUGUGGACAGGCGCUUGAGAAGGACGAUAAACAUCCUCCAGUUUUUCACCCCCACGGCCGUAGGGAUCAGAUACAGGGACGGGCCGCUGCUGUACGAGCUGUUGCAAUACGAGUCGUCCCUGUGACGGCCGGGGCUCUUCUUCACCUCUCGUCCAUUUCUGACAUCUACGUGUCGUAUUCAAAUCAUUCGUUUCAGCCGUUUAGAAGAAUUCACGUUUCUCCAAAUGCAUGUCGUUUUGGUUUCUGUGUAUCACAAGAACAGUUAUCAUCCAGCAUUAAGCAAGUGUAUAUAUUUUCUAUGUACAUACUGUUUUUUUACAGUAUCUAUUUAGAAACAUGUCUGGGGGAUUGUACGUGUCCUGGUGUUUACAGCAAGCUAAACCAUUACAUUGAAAAAAUGGAGAUAGAUUGAGCACAUCAACACAACCUUGUGUCUUUGAUAGUUAAGUUAGUUCUUAUUAAUCUCUACUGCCUGAUUAUAUUUCAGAUCUUUAUUUCACAUCCACUCUCCGGUUGAGUUUUAUAUUAAAGCAUCUAACGUAACGCAGCCGCAGCGCUCUCAAGAUUAGACUUAAGGGCGAGAUUUGCAACAUCAACCAGUCGAGUAUAAACACUUACUAGCAACCAAUGAUACAACAGCUCGACGGCCUCCAGGAUUUAAUCGCUGUCGUUGUUAACGUCACAAACCUCUGCAGGCAAGCACCUGUGGCAUUCAUUGUCUGCCUUAAAAUCAGAAUUUAGCUUUGGAAAAGUCUUGAAUUUACCUCGUUGUAUAGCACAGUUUUUAUCAAACCCAUGAAACUCUUUGCACAGUAUGUACAGUUAAAGUGAAUCUGCAAUGAGAUGAAUGUUGAGUCUGUAGUUUAUUGUGGAAUAUACAAUGAUUAUUUAAAAGCACAACAACUUUGUAAACUGAAUGAUCUUGAGGUGAUCUUGAGUGUCUGAAUGUUCCUAUAAGGCUGUGUUCACACUGCAAGCUAAAGUGCCCGCUUCUGAUCAUCUCACAUCUUUGUUCGUUAAAAAAAUGUUUCACGUCUUUUUAAAAUACCCUCUUUAAUUUUUUAAAAUACCCUCUAUAUUUAUAUAGCAAGUUAAUAAUAAUCAAUAUUAUUUAUUAUGUGUCAUUUCUCAGCUCAAUCUGUUUAAUUUAUUUCCAUAUGAUUAAGAAAGUAUUAUGGUAAUUUUAGUUAUUUUAUUUUUAGUUUAUGUUUGAAGCUAUAAAUAUUCAUAAUUGUGCUGUGCAAAAAUUUAUUUUUGUCA